GACCAAUCCAAUAUGAGGUGGAAAGGAAUAGUCCAAAGAGCUUAACCUAUUAUCUUCAGAAGCUACUUGAAAAGCAUAAAUACAAUUUAGAAUUGUAUUUUUAAUGCAAUCAACUCCAUUUAAUGAUAGAAAGUAUCUUUCAUCAUUUACACAUUGCAAACACUUCAUAUAAGGUUCAAGAGAAUAUAUGUUAAUUUAAAAUUCACAAGUAUCACAAUAAUUACCACAUUACAUACAAUUAAUUCCAACUGGUACAUAGCCAGAUGGACAUGAUAAACAGCUAAAGGGACUACAUGAAGUGCAUCUGAAUGAACAUUAAACACAUUGAUCAUUAUUC